GGGAGUGAGUCAAGUAGAUUUUAGUUGUAUGUUGAAUGGUGUAAUGACAAUAAUGAAUUCUGAGCAUAAAGGCACUGGAAGCUGAGGAAUUAAACGAACUGUCUUCCUAGGGGCAGUAAUAGUGAUACCACGAGACCAGAUCAGAGGGCGCCUACAUAUGUGUGACGUCGAGAAACGUGUUUCUUCCAGAGAGCAGGGGGCAUUGUGGGGAUAUCGUAACUCGGCCAGACGCCGCAGUGACGUCCGAGUCAGCGAGGGACCGACGUCAGUUACCACCGGGAGAGACUAGCGGACCGUCACCCCCCACCUCCCUGCUGGCUCGGGAUGCUAAUCCCAUCCUAGGCAGCAGCGCAUGCAGCUUCACACCGCGCCGACCGUGAUCCAAUAUGAUGACUACUCCGGGACCUACGACACGUCCUCUCGCGGCAGCAGCGCAUCCCCCGCCCAACCAGAGUCCUUUACAAGCGGCAGCAGCACAAUCGGCAGUCCGAUCUCAACUUCAAAUUACCAGAAGUUCAGGGUCGACAUGCCAGGCUCCGGCAGUGCCUUCAUCCCCACCAUCAACGCCAUCACAACCAGCCAGGACCUGCAGUGGAUGGUCCAGCCCACGGUCAUCACCUCCAUGUCGAACCCUUACUCUCGCUCGCACCCCUACGGCCUUCCUGUGUCUGGGGGGCCGGGGCUCCUGGGCCACACGGCGCUGCCCCGUCCGGGGGUCAUCCGAUCCAUCGGUGAUGCCCGCGGGCGACGCAAGCGGGACGAGCAGCUCACCCCAGAGGAGGAGGAGAAGCGGAGAGUGAGACGGGAGCGGAACAAGCUGGCUGCCGCCAAGUGCCGCAACCGUCGGAGGGAACUCACCGAGAUGCUGCAGGGGGAGACAGAGAAGCUGGAGGAGGAGAAGGCCGGCCUGCAGAAGGAGAUUGAGACCUUGCAGAAGGAGAAGGACAAGCUGGAGUUCAUGCUGGUAGCCCACAACCCAGUGUGCAAGCUGCCGCCUGAAGAGAGGCACCAGCCGUGUUCCACCAUGUCCCCAAACCUGCGCAGCACCCGCAACCCGCUGCACCUCCUCAACCCCGUGGUGGUGAAGCAGGAGCCCAUGGAAGAUCAGGAAGAGAAACCCCAGCGGUCUGUAAUAAAGCCCAUCUGCCUGGGGGGGGGCAUCGGCAUUUACUGCCAUGAGGGGGACAGCCUGAACACCCCCGUGGUCGCCGCCUCCACGCCCGCCGCCACACCCAGCACGGCCAACCUCAUCUUCACCUACCCCAAUAUGCUGGAGUCGGAGAGCCCCUCGCCGUCCUCUGAGUCCUGUUCCAAGGCCCACCGCCGUAGCAGCAGCAGCGGGGACCAGUCGUCAGACUCCCUCAACUCCCCUACCCUGCUGGCCCUGUGAGCGGCGUCGCCAGCCUGCAGGGCGGCGACACAGAGCUGGAAGGAGAGAUUGGGACUGGGCAGAUGAUGACUUCUAGUGAUGGGUGGUGGUCGAGGCACGUGCCCAUCAUCUAGUACAACCCACAGAACCCCUCAAGGGCUAAGGUGUUCAUCUCCAGAAAUUUGGCGUGACUUUCGUUGUGCAUCCACAUCAUAGUAACGCUUCACCCCAAUUCCCAUGUGGGGUCUGCCUCAAUCCCCCCCCCCCCCCCCCCCCCGCAGAUGUACCGUGUACUUAUUUUCGACCCGUUACUUGUGUAACGUGAAUCAAAGGGAGGUGCAGAGGAGGAAAACCAAAGGCAUUCGCAGGAAGAAGGUGAACCCCAACUGGUGCACCCCACCUCCCAUGCGCACCAUCCCGGAUUGUUUGGCAGUUGGUGUGUUUUCCAGUCAGGAUGUGAAGGCCACAGAUCUGCUUCCUUGGGGUCAGGACUGACCCAGGCAAUGCACUAUGGCAGCGAGAGCUUGCAGACCUCGACCCCCUGGACGUUGGCUGUCAUCGUCGUGGUCCUAAUGAAUCCUUCAUUGUAUUUAUAACGGGAGUCAGUCGUUUUUGUGUUUUGCAGUUUUCUUUCUCUCUCUCGUCCUUCUUGACUCUGGUCUUGCGUGUCUGAGAUAAGCCAUAGGUUCACUGGCUGAGCCUGCAUUUCGUCACAUGGUAAAGGAGCACAGCCACCGGAUUGGUGCAGAGCGACGGUGGACAUAUCCGCACGCCCGCCUCGCCCCAUCAGCGCCAGCUCAUCUGUGCUACUUAAAUUAUCGUCAGGGAUUUUUACCUUCAGUGGAAACUGUUUUUAUUAAGCUCCCCCACCCUUAUGGUGGCAAGACGACACAUUAACAAAGUCCUUUCGAAUGGGGAAGAUGGACAUUGUUGGCAAAACUGCAGCUGGUGAGGAAUUAUGGGAAGGUCCCUCAGGCAGAACUUUCGCUUGAAUCUAAGCACUGUGCUUGCCUGCUGUCGGUUCCACAGCGUUUCAGUCUUGUACAGACCCGUUGUGGUUCCAAACAAACCGCUCUCUUCAAAACAGUGUUUCCUCUAGUCUGUUAAACUUUUUAAGGUGGUGGGGGUGGGCAGGGUGUUUUGGAUAAGAAAACGAUGAUGUAAUUUUUAUGUCUGCCGUAAGAUGUGUGUCCCCCUGGUGGUGAUUUGUCUGCCAGGAAAAAUUGUUAUGUGCACUUUUUUAUUUUUAAGUUUUUUUUUGGUAUUUUUUAAAAGGUUGGUUUGGGGAUAAAAUAUGUGACUCCUACUGCAGCUGGACUGAGAGGAAAUAAGUAUAAUAACCUAAGCAACAGGUUAAGUGGCUAAACCCAGGUUCUGAAGAGAUGCACUAGUGAGCGCUAGGUGGCUAAUCCCGGGUCCUGAGGAGGGUUGCCCCUAAGCGCUAGGUGGCUAAUCCCGGGUCCUGAGGAGGGUUGCCCCUAAGCGCUAGGUGGCUAAUCCCGGGUCCUGAGGAGGGUUGCCCCUAAGCGCUAGGUGGCUAAUCCCGGGUCCUGAUGAGGGUUGCCCCUAAGCGCUAGGUGGCUAAUCCCGGGUCCUGACGAGGGUUGCCCCUAAGAGCUAGGUGGCUAAUCCCGGGUCCUGAGGAGGGUUGCCCCUAAGCGCUAGGUGGCUAAUCCCGGGUCCUGAGGAGGGUUGCCCCUAAGAGCUAGGUGGCUAAUCCCGGGUCCUGAGGAGGGUUGCCCCUAAGCGCUAGGUGGCUAAUCCCGGGUCCUGACGAGGGUUGCCCCUAAGCGCUAGGUGGCUAAUCCCUCAGUGCACUAGGAAUCUCUAGCACUAGAAGAGGUACCUCUGAGGAUUUUGGGUAUUCAAUCCUGGGCUCUGAGGAGAUACACUUGUGAUCUCAAUGUGUUUGUGUUCUAAUAUGUACUAUAGAAUCUUGGUUUGUGGUUUUAAGGCUUUGAAGUGGGUGAUUGGGUGUUUUUUUGUUAUUUUCCAUCUGGAUGGGAGUUUAAAUGUUUUUUUUUUUUUUUAUUUUGGGGAGGGGGGGGGGGGUUUAAAAUGAACACCAAGCACUGGAAAAGGAUUCAACUGCAAUAUUCAGACAAAUUAUUUACUUAAAACAUUCCUUGCAACAGAAGAUGGACUGAACUCUGUGUGGAAACUGAAGGGAAGGUGAAACGCUUGCUGCUGUUGACUUGUGAAGGAUUAUUCGGUCGGUUUGGGGGAUUUCUGACCCCAUGGACUGUUGCAGCAAGAACCUGAAUAAGGUGACGGAUAGCUUAUAUUUCUGAGGAAUAUACACGUCCCCCCCCUCCCCCAGCACAGACGAGAGUUGCAAUCAAAAAAAAACCAAAAACGUCAUCGGAGGGAAGGAGGAGUGUACAUCCUUAUUUUUUCUUUAAUUCUGCAGAAACACGUAGGUAAGCCAUCUGCGAUUCUCAAUCCACGUCUGCGGCUCCACUUUGAUUUCCUCUUUUCCCGAAUGCUUUAUCUAUUUAAAAACACAAAACCAACAAAAAUAGCAAUAUCUAUGGCAGUGUUUGUUCAUUUAGUAAUUUAAAUCAGUAAACUAAGUUUUUUUUUUGGAAAAAAAAAACCUUUUGGUGUUUUGGAUAACUGUACCUUGCUUGUGUUGUGGUAACGUGAUGGAGUGUCGGUGAACAAUGCGGCCUUACUGCAGUGUCAGUGGACUCUUCCCUUUGUGCUUUGGGCUGAAUGCACUAUGUCCGCUCCCAAAAGCGUCCCCUCAGAACCAUCUCAAUAUUCUCUUUUGUACUCACGGAAAGGCACGUUGCAGGCCUGAUGUUCCUAUUGUCCCCAGCAGAGGGAGCUAUGUUUUGUGUCGUCUUAUAAAUUGCGAUACACUGAUAUGACGCUUUAAAAUUAAAAUAAUAUUUUUUAUCAUGUAUGGCAGGCUGAAAUUCAGCUCUGAUUAAUUUCUGGUAUUUUCCCUCGUUUCCUGUAUCUCAUGAAUAGAUUGUAUGUGUCUGCUCGAUUGAGUAUGUCGCCCUUAGCAAAGCAAAGCGCUAGGUGGAGUAAUUGCGUGAUAAUAAGAGGAGGUGCCCAGAAGUCUCCUCCACCCCCACGCGCAGUUGCACCCCAUCAGCACUCCAUUCGUCAUUUCACCCUUGGCUGUAGUCUUGUCAGUCACAAUCAGAAUCCAGACCUGCCCUGAACUCCUUCUGCCUCUUCCCAUUCCCUCCCCCGUGCUGAGAGCUAGCCGCCAUCCAGCGUCCCCUUACCAUCCGGAAGCCCCCUGACACUGCAGGGUCUUACCAUCGGGUAUAACUUUUCUCUGACUUUCCAAGUUGUCGUGUGUUGCUGAUAUUGUUUGACCCAUUGAAUUGUUCCCCUUCAAAAAUGUUCCGUAUUUCUGUAAAUGCCAUUUUUGUCUGUUAUAAAUGAACUUAAUUUUGCUUUUUUAAAUAAAUGAUCAAAAACAA